AUGUUUGUGUUAAGUGGUGUGUUUAUGCUAUUGCUAUUUGGAUUUUCACAUGGAUCUCCUCCAGAGCCCUGGUCGAUUCCGACCUCAUUUAAUGAUCGAGAAGAUCGCCAACAAACAUCACGGGGAUGCGCCCUUCGAAAUUAUUGUUAAAGAAAAAGGAAUAGCAGUAUUACGUGCUUUACGUUCGUUAAAUUGCGAGAAGCGCCGCAAUUACAAAUUCGACAUCGCCGCUGUUGCCUGCAAUGGAUUACAAUCUGAAAACGCAACUGUUCACAUAACAGUGAUUGAUGUAAACGAAUACGCGCCCCAGUUUCUGCAACCAGCGUACGUGAGCACCGUGGACGAGGGCCGUCUGUACGAGGAAGUGGUGAGAGUAGAAGCUUCAGACCGUGACUGCACUCCUAAAUUCGGGGACGUCUGCAAGUACGAAAUACUGACCGCAGACCAGCCGUUCGUGAUUGACAAUGAAGGCGCGAUCAGGAACACCGAACCGCUGGACUACGAGCGCUCGCACAAUUACAUCUUGAGCGUGGUCGCUUAUGACUGCGGAAUGAAACAAUCCGCCCCGGCGAUGGUCACCGUUAAAGUAAACCGCGUGUGCUCUCCAGGAUGGCGGGGAAUCCCCGAGCGAGUCGAUUACGCAGCUGGAGUUGGACCUCAGCCACUGAUUCCUUCUGCUCGUCUGGAAUUAUGCGACGCGCCUUGUUUAUUGAGAAACUUGAGGACCACCUUGACUUUGGCGACUGACCACAUCGGCAAAGGCUGCGACCGCGACACUUACGGCGUCAAAAGCCAGAGGAAGUUGUGCGGAGCCUCUCGCGACAGUGUUGACUUGCUCCCGACUCCUGGACCUACUACCACCUGGACUGCGAGCUUGUCUAGGGACGAGGGCCGCGAAGCUGAUGAGAUCUUUGAGUUUGAUGGUAGCAAUUCUGCUGCUAUUAUCCCUGCUGAUAUCCUGGACCAUGCUUUGGCUCAGAAAUUCACUAUUGGAGUCUGGAUCAAACACCGACCCAGGCCCAGGCAGGAUCCUCAUGUUAAGGAACAUAUUUUGUGUGCUGCCGACGAUCACAAAAUGAACCGCCACCACUACGCAUUUUUCAUCCGCAACUGCCGCCUGAUUCUCCUGCUCCGCCGCGACUUUUCCGAAGGCGACCCGAACAUCUUCCGCCCGGCCGAAUGGCGCUGGAAGCUUCCCCAAGUCUGCGACGACAGAUGGCACCACUUCGCAGUCCAAGUAGACUUCCCGCGCGUCUCUUUAUUCGUCGACGGUGAAGAAUGGACAUCUGACGAAAAGAACCCCGAAGUAAUCGACGACUGGCCAUUACACCCCGCAAAAGGUGUCAACACCACCCUAGUAGUCGGAGCAUGUUGGCAGGGAACCGAUAACAAAACAAAGCACCACUUCCGCGGCUACCUCGCCGGUCUGUCAGUCUUAGUAGGUCGUAAUGAAAAGCCCCAAGUAUUGACCUGUUUACGUCGCUGUCAAGAAGGGAUCCAUAUCCCGUCAAUGGAACUCUUGCAACCCGGCACCCAAUUGCGAACCAACUCGGACUUGACCGAGGUCCGAAUCGACGGCGACAACCAUACUAACGUCGAAACCCUUCUUCGUCGCGUAGGGUACACAAAUACCCGCAGAUUCCCUACUCCCGGUCGUAGAAACUUCAGAAUUGACACCACAAUUGUCUGCGAAGGCUCCGAGGCCCAUCCCUUGGAAAUCCGACCGGUUCAGUCCUACGUUACAGUGCUGCCCCCUCCUCGUCCUGGAAUUACAGUCAAUGGUACCUUAUAUGUCGCGAGAGAGUACUCAGAUUUCCGUUUGGGUGUUAGAGUGUUCCCCGACGCGAAAGUAACAGCUGGAUCAGCAGCUAGGCUGGAUGCUUGCGCUGUUAGUGUCUACCCAAGCUUAAAUCCUGACCAUGAAUCUUUAGGACUGCCCACUGAUGCUCUGCACCAGUUCCAUUCAAUUACAUCCAGGAUUGACCGAGACGGAGUGGUUCUUUCUGGAGCAGACACUCCGUAUAAGUACCAACAAUUGAUCCGGUUGAUCACUUACACCAACCGCAAGCCUGCUUACUACCUAGACCGGGUAUUCAAACUAACCUGCUCGGAGCUGAACGGCCGGUUCGCCAGCAACGAGUACGUCCAGACCCUAGCAGUGAUCCACCCUAAGGAAAAGCCCACAACACCCCCAAUAGUGUCUUACCCAACGCAAGAAAUCCCGCCAAUUGUAAAAAUCCUGGAACCUAUUGCUGGACACGUCCAGCUGUCUCGUCACCACGCUGAUACUUCUGACGAGUAUUCCGUGAGCCAGCUCCAUGAAAAUCGGGGCCUUGCUGCGGCGGGUAGCAGCCAUGCGAUCACAAUUGUAGCUGCAGCGUGCAUUGGGUUCUUGCUAUUGAUGGUGGUGAUUGGGUUCGCGAGGGUCAGAGGCGCUGCUUCUGCUGCUAAGCAGAGAAGGGUUGUGGGUGGUGAUGAACUCACCACGGAAACUGAAAUGGCUUGGGAUGAUUCUGCGCUGGCGAUCACGGUCAAUCCGAUGGAUCGCUUGAAUGAUAAUCAUGCUAGGGAUGAGGGAGAUGAUGAGUCAGGGUCGUCGGAUUCUGAUGAAGACUCUUUUCAUGAAGAUUCUAGUGAUUGUGAAAAUGAUUGUGAGAUCAACCAUCCUCGGCACCAUCGUCAUCACAAUGUGCCGAAUGAGUUAGAGUGGGAUCAUCGCGAUGUUUAA